GUGUCACAAGACCAGCGGGAGGCCAAUUGUUCGGAAAAACAAUGACAAACUGUCUAAUGUCAUGUUCAACGGUAAUAAAGUAAGUUCCUAUUUAGUAACAGAUAUCAGGUCAGCCUUACGUGAACAAGCAGAUUAGAAGUUUUGACAAAGUACGACAAUCAUUCGUUUAUAAAGCCAGGACAAAUCUUAAAAAUCUAUUUGAACGUAAGCCUACCCUGCCCUCUAAAGAGUAAAAAAGUAAGAGUUACCGCAUCACACGGAUAUUACAGUAUACUUAUUAGAAACUGGUUCAGUAACUUCAGUGAUACCAGCAUCUUGAUAGUACAGUAUACUGAUACUGAUAGUACUAGAUCGAUAAACGUUAGGUCUAUGCCUAGGCCUACACUGAGUUUCACUAUUUCUCUCUAAACUCAGAACACGUUUUUGUUUAUCGUGAAAGAUACGUCUAUAACUACAAUAUUUCUGUUUAUUUUUUGCCUGGAUGAAAAUACUUCAAAAUGGAAGUGUUAGCUUUCAAAAUCCUGAUUUUAGUUUUGCUGUUUUUUCUGUGCCUGUUCUUUGGAUUGCUUCCAAUAACUUUAAGGCACAAAUUAGGCAAAGAACAAAGUGAAGAACAGCGACAAAAGACUUUACGUAUUGUUAGUUUUCUAAGUUGUUACGGAGGUGGUGUAUUUCUCGCAACAUGCCUUUUAGAUUUGUUACCAACUGUACGUGAUAGAUUGAGUUUAGUCUUUGAUCAACUGCAAGAGUAUACCGCAUUCCCUUUUGCAGAGUUUGUAAUGGUCAUUGGGUUUUUUCUUGUACUCAUAAUUGAACAAACUGCACUCAUGUUAAAGGAGACUUCACCAAGUCGCAAUUCAAGAUCGCAAAGUACACUCAAUACCCCUUUGAUUGCUGAUUCUGAGAGCUAUCAACGAAGUUUAUAUACAUCGAAUAGCUAUCAACGCAGACCAUCUGAACAGGCUAUUAAAGACCCUUUCAAUGCGAAUGGAGUAAUGGUACAAAGCUCACCAUCACAUGGACAUUCUCAUGGACAUUCUCAUGAUGUGGAAGGGGACGGUUCAAGUUUCCGUUCCCUGAUGCUGCUGUUUGCACUGUCUCUUCACUCCCUCUUUGAAGGGCUAGCUGUUGGACUGCAGAACUCAACGGCGUUGAUCAUGCAAAUUUUUAUAGCUCUCAUCAUUCAUAAAAAUGUGUUAGCUUUUAGUCUGGGGCUUAAUCUGGUAAAAAGCAAUUUAACAAGAGGUGCAGUCUUCCGUUCGUGUCUCUGCUUUGCGAUCAUGGCUCCGAUUGGAAUAGGGAUUGGAAUCGCUGUCGACAAUGCAAAUGACUUCAUUCACAGUUUGGUAAACGGCAUCCUAGAGGGAAUAGCAACCGGCACUUUCUUAUACAUUACCUUCUUUGAAGUUCUACCUCAUGAAUUCCAAGAGAUAGUCAAGCCACUAGACAGAGUUUUAAAGGUGUUGUGUAUCUUGCUGGGGUACGCAACUAUAUGUGGGUUAUUGUUUAUUCAUGCGACAGUCAUUCGCCCAACGUGUUAUCGUUCUGCAGAACCUGUUGGUACAUAACUUAUUUUAACGAAUGGUGUGAUUAUAUUUUUAUAGAUUGUCUUGCAUAAAGAAAUUUGAUAAAAAUGUGAAAAAAAAUGUUUUAAAUCUGUUAAUUAUAAAUUUUUUUAUUUAAUAUAAAAAUGUUUAAAUAAAUUAACGAUAAAUUUUUAAAUAUAUAGUUUUCUGAAUUUGUUUAAUGAAUAGACAACUUAUAAGUUGUGAAAUUUGUGAUUUUUAAAAAUAAACCAAUGGCUGCGGCUGUGAACAAUAUUAGUCUAAGAGAUAGAUUUUGAUUAAUAUUUAUAAAGAAAUAAUGAAUAAUCCUAACAGGGUUUGAAUUAUUGCUAAUGAUUACAAUGACUGAGCAAAGUUUGUAAAUGCACAAGUAAUCAAAUGCAUUUGAUCAUCAAAAAUUAAAGCUUUCACCUGUAAAAUUUGCUGGAAUUGAGUAAGGCAUUGGAAACCUACAAUGCAUGCGCUUGGACCUUGCUGGCCUCCCCUCGACUCUGCUGGGGGUUUUAGGCGACCCACCUACUACUGCAUUUUUGCACUGUACCCUGCACACCACCAAUAGCAAUCCUGGACACAUCUUUGUGCAGGUGUACAGUAUGGCCUCAUGUAAAUACAUUUUAUCAAAACCUUAGGUUGCUUACAAUAAUAUAUUUAGUAAGUAGUAUUAUUACUGUUGUAUUACAACUGUAAUAAUAUUUUGGAAAAUCUUCAUUGUAGUAGUCAUUAAUUGGAAUGACGGUGAUGAUGCGUUUGUGUCUUCUGGGCAGCUAGUGUCUCCUAAAAUUCUUUGUAAUAUAUUAUAUUGCUUUGCAUUGCAUCUUUUGCCUGAAUAAUAAAUAAAUGUGUUGAUGGAACUAACUCUACAAUUUGUAACUACGGUAAACCAACAGUUUUUACAUAAUUUUAAUUCAUGUACAGUACAUCAAAGAAGACCUUGUAAAAUUAUCAUUCCUUAUAGAAAGGAUGUAUGUUCUGAAUGAGAAAAUAGCUGCUGUAACAGAUGCAUAAGAUAAUGCUGCUCCUAUAAAUUCUGUGAAUCAGUGAAAAUUGAUGUGUUUUGCUGAUUGUAAUUUAAUUUUAAAAGGGGAGUUGAAGGUUCUACAUGUUUUCCGCCGACAGUUAUAUUUUCAUUUGAAAACACUCUGAGUAUUGAACGUGAAUGCAUUUACAAUGCUGAGUAGAAUGUAGUCGCCCAAGGUAGCUAGAUUAAUUGCAACCUUCACUGGCAGUUUAAAGGCCAACAUGUCUUUGUUUCAAUUUUUAGGCAAAAUUUAUACAGUAUUGUUAAAAGUUACCUUGGUGCUGAAGAAACCUAAGGUAGCUAGUUCAAUAACCUUUCCUUAGGAUGUUUGACCUAAGGUCAAUAAUAUUAAUUAUUAUCUUUUGUCUUGGUGUUUUUAUUAAAUAAGCAGUUCAUUGAGAAUCAGGUGGGAUUCAUUUUAUUUGAGAGGCAUGAUAAAUUUAUGUUGUCAAAAAGUAUAUAGUUUUAAAAAUAUAAAAGUAUAAAUAUUGUCUUGUUAUAGUAUUCAAUACACCUUAUUAAUGUGACUUUUAAUUCGAUUCUAUUUUACUGUACCCAAAAGCAAAGCUAAUAUUGGCAUUUACAAAUGUACUUACAUGUAAGAUCAUCUGCAAUUAAAUAAAUAAUAUAUAUAUAUAUAUAUAUAUAUUAAUGCUAUUAAUUUUUUGCAGUCAAUAAUUUAUUUCACUGCAAAAAAUGCUAACAUAAUGCAUAACCUAAGUCAAAGCAUACAGUAAUUUGUUUGAUGAGGAAGUUGCACACAAACCAGGGAAUCAAAUAAACAAUUGUUGAAAUUGGUAUUGGAAAACAAGGAUUUAAGCAAAAUAUUAAUUGUUAAAAUACCUGAAGUAUUAUUAACAGUUAAACAGCUUUGAUUGAAGUAGAAUCAAUAAAAAGAAUGAAAAUACUUUAUACUUUUGUUAUUUAGUCUGUAAUUUCUUCCGACUAAACAAAUAUGGUACAUUAAAUGAACAAUGCUCAAUAUCAUACUGUACAUUAUAACUAAGAUAUUUGAGGCACGGUGAGGUGGGUGGGGGGAGAGUGCUGGAAUCUAGAACAAUAAUCAUUUGUUGGAGGAGUUCUACACCAAUAUAUUGGUUCAAGAACAUGCUUUUACUGUAGUCUAUAAUGUUAAUUCUAUACAAUUCAGUUGCAAUAUUUUCUUAAUUUUCUUCAGAAAAUGAAUACAUUGGUAAUGAACUGGAGUGUUAAUGUUAGGUACAACUUUCAUAACAUGUAAAGUACAGAACUGUCAGUAAAACACUUCAUUAUUUUACAAAACAAAUUCAACAAUACAAUAUCUCUUUUGUUUACAUUGCUUUAAUUUCAAAUAUAAUUAAAAGUACAUGAUUUGAUAAUUGUUAGUAUCAAAAAUAUAAGUAUGAUUCAUGUUCAAAUAUCAGUGGUAGGGCCAGAAUUUGCCCAACAGGGGGCCGAUGCCCUGACGAAUACAUAAGUAGUGGGCAGGGCGAGGGGCUGGUAGAACCCCUCGGAGGGGGUUGCAACGCUCAAAUAAUUUUGGAUUAGAAAGCUGGGCGCAUUCAAUAUAUUUAAGAGUUAUACAAUCUGUAAAAAUUGCAUUGAUUUUUAUUCCCCCUGACAGAGCUGACCCCCCACCCCAUUGUUGAGUACAGUAUAUCAAUUUAAUUGAAGCA